CGAAACUUCACCUCCGUAACUUACCCAAUCAUCUUGAUACAUGAUGUCUGCAGUCAGGAGUCUGAUCAUUUCAUCUUCUUCGUCAUCAAGCCUGCCAUCUGGUAUCUUGCAGAUACGGUCCAUCCCCAAAUACACGUCUUUCAGAAGCACCUGUGGACUGGUCAAUUUGUGCCCUGAUGUAAAUACUCCACCCGAGGUGAUUUUGCGGACAACUCCAGGAUAUGAAACAUGUUAGGGUUGAUCAGAUGGCAUGAGGAAAGGAGGUGAUCAGUAAGAGAGAUGACACUCGGGUCUUUGAGGAGUCCUGAUGUUAGUAGUAUCUUGUUGAUGUAUUUGUGAUCUGGGUUGAGGCUCCGGUACAUUAGUGUAUGGUGAUCCACAGCCGUUGGAUUGGGCUUGCAUCUGGAUUGACCAAAUGUACCAGGUCUAUAACCUCUGUUGCUGCCUGUAACACUUGGCUGUUGUUGCUUUCUGACACUACAGAAGCUGUGUCGUGGUGAUAGCUCGACUGCCUCGUCCCACUACUAAGCACAGUCAAGUGGCCAUCACUUAACUGCAUAUUCUUUGCUUUUACUUUGCUGUUCUGGGAACCUUUUUCAGUAAGAUUCUUUCUGUGGUGAUUUUUGACCCCUGCCGAGUCUGGUGAUGGGGUGGUGGGUGGGGAUUGUCCUUCUAUUCUGAGUACACGAUGUUGCAAUCUUGGGCUCACCACUACCUUCUUGCACUGAUGUCCCAGCGUGCUUCUAUCAUGUUCUGGAGCUCCCCAAGAAGUCCUUUUGCCAGUAGAAAUUGUAUUGUUCUUGGAUGUGAACUCUUUUGUCUUUUUCCCGGGAGCUGAAUUUUCCACGUGGUACCUGGGUUUCCGAGUCCGAAAUUUUUUCUGUUGUGAAACUGGAAAUGUGGCUUUUUCCAUAAAAUCAGCUUGUUUGAUGACAACCGUUGAGACUAAUUGCUGCGGAUUGCAAGGUCCCUUGAUGUAUUUGUUUAAGGGCCCUGAGAUCCUUGCCUGCCUUCUGGAAUUGAAGCUCUGUCAUCCUCUUCUCGAUUUCACCAUAAACCGAAGAAGAUAGGCUUCUGCUGUUAGUUGGAGCUCUCCUUUUAUCUAUUGCCAUUUUCGGAGAACCUUGACCUGAAUCUUGUUGCCUCCAAGGAGCCGGUUCUAUGGGAAUUCUCGAGCACAUUUUUGUUCUCCUGUCAAAAUUCUCACUUUGAAAUCUUGGUGAUUGUGAGGUGGGGUCGUUUUGAGGAAAACAAGGCGAAUAAUAACUAGCAUGAUUUUGAGCUCUUAAGGUUGGGGUCCUGUUCUCGUCUGUGAAGCUGGGGUCCGGGAAAUUUUCGAGACCCAUCAGCUUUGCUACAAUGCUAGAUGUCCGGUUGUGGCUGAGAUUCUCGUUCUCCACAUGCGGGUCCCGGUCGAGAAAAUUCGAUCUCGACUUUUCGGCCAAAGACUUCUUCAUGGAACUAGUCUUGCUGUCUAACGAAAGCCUCGGGAGUUCUUUCUGCUUCGCAGUCCACCUGAGCCCAUCCCGCGAUUCUCCCCCGUCGUAAGAAAAACGAUGAAGACCAAGUGCUUGCCUCUCGUUUUUGGAGAUUCUUGUUAUUUCGUGGGCCCCACCAAGAACUUGAGACGAUCCCUUGGAGAUUACGGAUGGAUUUAGUGUUUUGGGUUUGGAUUGAUGUGGGAGCCUGGGAGAGUCUACAUAUUUCAUUACUGUCCCUUUAUUCUCGUCUUUUUUAGGUGCUCGGGUUUUGAUGGGCAGGCCACGGGCUUCUCUGUGCAUUGAGUCUUUGACUACAUCACGAAGGUCAAGGGAUCGAGGCUCUUUAGUGGGUGUGAUCGGAAAUGGGCUUUCGGAUUUGUUUUUCUGUCUGAGUGAAAGUGUUUCAGGCUGAGUUGUUUGGUUGAAAUCGAGCGAUGAGAAUGUGGAUGAACAGGAGGAAGAUGUGUAGGAUGCCCGGGAUGAUUCAGUGGAGAUUAUGGGAUUUUCCUUGUGUGACUCAAGAGCUUUUUCCUGAAAAAUUGAGAAGAGAAGGGAAAAUGUAUGUUCGGGAUCUUACGCUUACGGCUCUGGCUGCAUACUGGGGUUCCAUUGCACUUACAAUUCGCAUCAUGUACCAGAACGCGAAGAAGGGAUUUAAGACAUGUUCCCCAUUUUUGCCAUUCCAUUUCAAUCUUAACAAUAAUGGCGCCAUGGGGAAAAAGGAAAAGAAGCCCGUAAACAUUAUUAAGCUCAUCAAAGACAACACUACAUCGGCAUAA